AUGGCCAGCCAGUUGUGCCUGCCACAUCCCUCUCCCCUUUCACCCUUGAAAUCCUUCAAGCCACCAUUCAGUGACGUCCAAGUGGGUAUCUGCGUGGCGAUCAAGCGCAGCGACGGGCGGAUCCACCUCGCUGUGGUCACCAAGAUCAACAGAGAAAACGCCUGGGUCACGGUCGAGUGGGUCGAGAAAGAAGUCAAAAAAGGCAAAAAGAUUGACCUGGAGAGCAUAUUCCUGCUGAAUCCAGCGCUGUUCUCCGCUCCGCACCCAGAGCGGCCCAGGGCCCUCGCUCCCUUCUCUCUAGCGCCGCCUUCUGCUCUCGCAGACCAGGCCGCAUGGUGGGUGACGACGAUUCCCCAGAAGAAUGAGCUUUCCUCUGGGGACAGCCUGGCCUUGCGUGUCCCCAGCCAACUUUGUGUGAUGAAACGGAGAAAGUCUCCCUGCGUCCUGGAGAUCGAGAAACUGCAAAGGCAGCGGGAAGAGCGCCGGCAGCGGCAGAUGGAGAUCCGGGCCAUCCGCUCCGGGAACCCCAACUCCGAGGUCAUGCGCAUGAUCGAGGACUACCGCAGGUACUUGGACAGCAGCAAGCUGCCAGGUGGGGAGCCCCUGAGAGACCACCGCAUCUGCGUCUGCGCGAGGAAGCGGCCUCUCAACCAGCGAGAGACGGGCAUGAAAGAGCUGGACAUCAUCACCAUCCCAUCCAACACGGUGGUGAUGGUGCACGAGGCCAAGCAGAAGGUGGACCUCACGCGCUACCUGGAGAACCACAUCUUCUUCUUCGACCGUGCCUUUGACGACACAGCCUCCAACGAGCUGGUAUACCAGUUCACCGCCCAGCCGCUGGUAGAGUCCAUCUUCCGCAAGGGCAUGGCCACCUGCUUCGCCUAUGGGCAGACGGGCAGCGGGAAGACGCACACCAUGGGUGGGGACUUCGCCGACGGAGAGCAGGAUUGCUCCAAAGGCAUGUACAGCCUGGUCGCGCGGGAUGUCUUCCUCCUGCUCAAAACCCCCGCUUACGAGAAACUCAACCUCCAAGUCUACGGGACAUUUUUUGAGAUCUAUGGUGGCAAAGUGUAUGACCUCUUGAACUGGAGGAAGCAGCUGCAAGUCUUUGAAGACAGUCGCCAGCAAAUGCAGGUGGUGGGGCUGCGGGAGCAGGAGGUGGGCUGCGUGGAGGACGUGCUGAACCUGGUGGAGCUGGGGAAAAGCUGCCGCACUUCCGGACAAACGUCUGUCAAUACGCACUCCUCCAGGAGCCACGCUGUAUUCCAGGUCAUCCUCAAGUCCGAAGGGGAACUGCACGGCAAGUUCUCCCUGAUUGACUUAGCUGGGAAUGAGCGCGGAGCAGACAUCUCCAGGGGCAACCGCAAGAGGCAGCUGGAAGGGGCAGAAAUUAACAAGAGUCUUCUGGCGCUCAAGGAGUGCAUCCGGGCUUUGGGCCAGAAUAAGCCUCAUACGCCGUUCAGAGCCAGCAAACUCACGCAGGUGCUCCGGGACUCCUUUAUAGGGCAGAAUUCCUCCACUUGCAUGAUUGUUACUAUUUCCCCAGGGAUGGCCUCUUGCGAGAAUACCCUCAACACUUUAAGAUAUGCCAACAGAGUAAAACAAAUAACCCUCGUUAUCAACCCCCACCAUCGGAGGCUCGGCCCUGCUGGGUAUAAGAGAUCCAGUAUGUUGGGAAAGCCCGUAACGAUUUCAGCAGUACCCCUUCACAGACAUGGCUUUAGUACAAUGUCCUAUCUACAGAGUGAGGAGGAAGAGGAAGACGUGGAAACAUUGCGCACUCCUUCAGAGGAGAAUGCUUUGACUUCGUGGACAGAACCCAACCAGUGGCCCAUGGACAUGCAAAAGAUAGCGGAUAGGAUGAACUGUGAUGUAGACUUUUGCAUUGCUCAGUUACUGGACACGUUGGAUCAGAAGAUUGGUGUCCUGAUUGAGAUUCAGAAGAAAUUGCGUUUACUACGGGCUGACUUCCAAAUGAAGACCAGAGUGGAAUGA